UUUUUCAGCUUCUACAUUACGUGUUAAAGUCUGCUGAAAAUAUCAUACAGGUGUGAAAACAGCUAAUUUCAUCUUUCCACCAUGAAUGCCAACCGCUUGCAACUCGCUGUAGGAGACCUGAUCUGCUCCACCACCUCUGACUAUGAGGUGCAGCAUCUGCUGGGUUCUGGCACCUUUGGGGUCGUCACCAAGUGCAAGAAGUUAGCCACCAAUGAAAUGGUAGCUGUAAAAAUCCUCAAAUCUAAGAGAUACAUUAACGAAGCAAAAAAAGAGGAGAUGAUUCUUAAAAAGAUGAAAGAGUUUGAUUCACACAAGUUUAACAUCGUCAGAUGGAACGACUCUUUCGCUUACAUGGGACAUUUUUGUCUUGAGUUUGAAAAGCUCGACAUAAGUCUUGAUGAAUUCAUGCAGACGUGUAGUAACCCUCUGAAGUUGGUGGAGAUCCGCCCCAUUGUGCAACAGCUGGCCACAGCUCUGGAGUUUCUAAUGAACAUAGGGAUUGUUCAUGCAGACCUAAAGCUUGCAAAUAUUAUGCUGGUGGAGCAAUUUAACCAGCCGCUGAGAGUGAAAAUCAUCGACUUUGGUUUAGCUUCAGACAAUCCCAGGGCAUGUACAGGUCUGACUCUUCAGACUCUGUGGUACAGAGCUCCGGAGGUUUUACUAGGAUGUCCUAUCAACGAGGCUAUUGAUGUUUGGUCUCUGGGCUGCAUCGCGGCUGAAAUGUUGAUGGGCAUGGCACUGUUCCCUGGCAGUGAUGAAUAUGAUAUGAUGAGGCAUAUCUUUUACACUAUUGGAAAACCUUCAGACCACCUGCUGUUUGCUGGGCAGUAUACAGGAAACUUUUUCUGUGCGAAAAAUAGAGGAUCAGAACUCCCCACGUGGCGCUUUAUGUCUGCGCUUGAAGUGAGAAAUUUCACUUGUAACCAGUGCACGCUUUUUACCUUAAAUCAGCUGGAAAUGGUACCUGAGGAACUCUCAGGAGAAGAUGCCAGCAUUGAUGCAUGUGAACGGGCAAGCUUUGUGGACCUGCUAACAAGGAUGCUGAAGGUGGAUGCCUCUGAAAGAAUUACACCAAGCCAAAUUCUUCAGCAUCCAUAUAUAACAAUGAGCCACCUUGUUGAGACAUUUGACAACAGUGACUAUGUCAAAACGAGUGUGGAGCUGAUGAAGGCCUGUAAUGAUCUGAGCUCUGAUGGCGACAAUGCCACUUAUGCAACCUUCAAAACGUGCACGUUGGACUACCACAGUGUUCCUGACGAGGAUCACCUUGCUGGGUUGAGCAGCAGUGAGGAACCCAUCCUCAACAACACUGAUGAUGAGUGUGGUAACAGAAGACCAGAACCCACCGCGACUAAGACAAAAGGGGAUGAAUUCCUGGAAGCAGUGGUAACAGAAACAGGUGGGCAAACAAGCCCACGAUUGUCACUGCUGCCCAAACGAAAGAGGGAUGAUGCUGACCAGUGUUUAACCUCAGAUGCUGACUCCAUAGCAAAGGAGAGGAGGAGCAUAAACGUCAAUGAAAAGCUGAUUGUCAGCUUCAAAAAACUACUGACUAAAACAGAAGCCUGGUCCAGCUCGACCUCGGUCAAACCCCAUGAGAGGAAGAAGAGAGUCUAUGAGGAUGAUUCAGACUCAAAACAAGAAAAAAACUCCAGUUAAGAGAGGGUGGAGAACCUAAUGAAUCUGCUUAUGAGUCCUCCACACUUGGAUUCACUGUUGCCUUCCUUCCUCGGUCAAGCAAUAAAAAUACUGAAACAAUAUUAUAAAGAA